AUGGUCAAGCCAUUGACCUUCAAGGGCGACAAGAAGCCAAAGAAGCGCAAGCGAACAGACGCAGAAAAGGCCGCUCGCGACGAUACCGAGGCCGGACCGUCGGAUGUACAGAAGAAGACUGUGGAUGAGGUAGAGGGCGAUGAUAGCUGGGUGUCGGCCGAGGCCACGGGGGACGUCGUGGGGCCUGUCAUGAUUGUGCUCCCGACGGAUACACCUUCUGCGCUGGCUUGCGAUCCUUCAGGAACAGUGUUUACGCUACCGAUCGAGAAUAUUGUCGAUGGGAACCCGGCGACGGCUGAGCCUCAUGAUGUGCGACAGGUUUGGGUCGCGAAUCGUGUUUCUGGGACCGAGAGCUUUCGGUUCAAGGGACAUCAUGGGAAGUAUCUCUCUUGCGACAAGAUCGGAUUGCUAUCGGCGACAUCAGAAGCAGUAUCACCCCUCGAGUCCUUCAACGUCAUCCCAACGGCAGACACACCCGGAACAUUCCAGCUCCAGACGCUUCGAGAUACCCUCCUGACCAUAAAACCCAGCACCAAGCCAUCCAAGUCUGGCAAAGCUGCAGCUGCCGAGGUCCGCGGAGACGCCGACGUCAUCUCGUUCAACACGACCUUCCGGAUAAGAAUGCAGGCGCGCUUCAAGCCCAAGCUGCGCGCGUCAAAGGAAGAGAAGGCGCUCGCCAAGAUCAGCCGGCGGGAGCUGGAGGAGGCGGCUGGGAGGAGGUUGGAUGAGGAUGAGGUGCGGAAUCUGAAGAGGGCGAGGAGAGAGGGUGAUUAUCAUGAGCGGCUGUUGGAGUUGAAGGUGAAGAGCAAGCAUGACAAGUUUGGCUGA